UGCUACCGCGGAGAUUUCACGAGAACAGGCCUUCCCGUCACAGGCUCAGCGACUGCCGGAGGACGCAGAUCCGGCGAAAACUUGCCGGAAAUUUAAGAAAAUUGUAAGCUAGAUCGAGCGGACGGGAAUCAUGGGCAGCAAUCGCAUGAAAUGCGAUGAUCGGCAGAAGAGGACGAAGAGGAAGAGUGAAACGAAGUCGUUUCAGAGGCGAUUGGUGAAGUUCAAAGACUUGCCGGAUUAUCUUAAAGACAACGAGUAUAUAUUGGACUAUUACCGGUGUGAAUGGCCGGUGAAAGAGGUGCUGUACAGUCUAUUUUCAUGGCACAACGAGACUCUGAACAUCUGGACGUAAAUGCCCUCAUUCUCACUCUCUUUUGGUUUUUUAUAUUUGGGGCAAUGAUCGCGAUGACGCUGAUGGAGAAGACGGAGCUCGGAGCUUUUCUGAUCGCCAAUUUCUCCAGAGCUUCAGUUACGGUGCCGUUUUGGACGAUUAUGGGUAUGGAAAGGGACGUCAAUGGCUCUGAUAGCUUUAUUCCUGAAACAAAACAUGUCUCACAGUCAUCGGUUUUCUUAGUAGAUAGAGCGGAUAAAGCAACAGACUUACCAAAAUGGCCAUGGUUCGUUUUCUUGGCUGGUGCCAUGGGUUGCUUGGUCUGUAGCAGCCUCUCCCACCUCCUCGCUUGCCAUUCCAAACGCUUCAAUCUUUUCUUCUGGCGCCUAGAUUAUGCAGGCAUUUCUUUGAUGAUAGUCGGCUCCUUCUUUGCUCCCAUUUAUUAUGUCUUCCUCUGCAACUAUUAUCCUCGGUUGUUCUAUCUUUCUUCGAUAUCAGUGCUCGGUGUUGCUGCCAUCGUUACUCUUCUUGCGCCUGCUCUUUCGGCCCCUCGCUUCCGUUUCUUCAGAGCUUCCUUAUUUCUCUCCAUGGGCUUCUCGGGAAUAAUUCCCGCUGCACAUGCUAUUCUUCUUUACUGGGGACAUCCGGAUAUUUAUUUUGCCUUUUGGUAUGAGUUUGCCAUGGCUGUUCUAUAUGCUGCAGGAGCUGGAUUCUAUGUUAGUCGGAUACCAGAACGAUGGAAACCCGGUGCAUUCGACAUCGCAGGGCACAGCCACCAGAUCUUUCACGUAUUUGUUGUUCUGGCAGCACUGGCACACAGUGCAGCAACAUUGUUUAUUAUUGAUUUUCGACGGAAUUCACCUACCUGCACCUCUUAGCCAGUCCAGAAUGGCAGAACUUCCAAGUAGAUUGGGAGCGGGUUUCUGGGACAUAUUUGUUGUCCAUCUCCAAAUAUGUUUCAGCAUACUGUAAACUGUAACAGUUGUAGUGUAGUUCUUCAUCUUGAGAAGUGCAGGAAGUCCAAAUGUCCCAUAGCAUUUUGCUUGAAAAGAAGUCCAAAUGUAGGAUCCAAAAUCUCAAUCAAUAGGAAUACAAAUCACUUGUACAAAAUACCUCAAAGUAAUUAGUUCAUAUCAUCUUCCAAAUUUGCUUCUCA